CAUUAGAAGGAAAUCCUGCUUGGCAUCAAACAUCGAAUAUGCUUUGGGAGAUAUUUAUUCACGCUCUAGUUCUUGGUGGAUUUACAAUUCCAGAUAAUGUCCACGGCCAAGAGAUUGACUGUGAAACCUACGUAUUGAGAACGGACGUCCCUCGCAUACAGAAAAUCUACCGUUGCCUUAGCGGACCUAAAAGUGGACCAAAACUUGUUCUCCAUCAAGUAUGUCCUCUGGUGAAGAUGCCUUCCUCUGUUAUUCAACUGGAUACAUCAACUCAGGACAUCCGCCCUGUGAUGGAUGACGUCAUCUACCAGUUCCAGAUCAUUGGGAAUCAGUCGACCGUGGCCAGUGACGUCAUCAGCACUGUCACUGGUCUGUCAUUGCAUGACUGCAGCGUGACGUGCACAGGAAACCCAUCCUGCAUGUCCUUCGCGCAUGCAGUAGAUGGCACGUGUGUGUUGGCCAGAGCAUGCAAGCCGUCUAUGACAGCUCAAGAGGGUUUCUCCGUCUACGAUAUGGCUUACUGGUACCAAGACUGACGGGGCCGGAGUCUUCAUGUUUAGAUUUCUGUUGAAACACAUGUGUGAGUUGCUAGGAAACACCACGGUCCGGGUAUUUAUAUAUGUUUGAUAUGCGAUGUCUCUCAUAUGAUUCUAAUGUACUUUGUAUGAUGUUGCCAGGCCCUUAUGAUACGCAGGAUUCAGGGUGUAUGUAGGGGGUAUUGGGGACUCAGCAGUGUUGCAGAUAAAAUCGUAAUUAGUAAGCAUUUUCAACAUUUAUGAGGACAAAAACAUCUGUGACCGUACAUGUUUCAUUUAUACAUAUUAUGUUAAUUAAUCUAACUUCAAAUCACACCAUUCUAUGACCUAGGAAUGUGUUCUAGCCUAUAGGUUUUCAUUCUGCCUUUGAAGGGGCGGUUGGGUAGCCUAGUGGUUAAAGCGGUCGCUCGUCACGCCGAAGACCCGGGUUCGAUUCCCGACCUGGGUACAACGUGUAAGGUCCAUUUCUGGUGUCCCCCGUCGUGAUAUUGUCCUUUUGACAUUGUGUUAAGUUGUGUGUUUGUUGUUUAACUCCGCACUCAGCAAUA